UUUUGGGGCUUUUCCAAAUAAAAGACGCUGAAUCAGUGCAGGGCUCUGAGGACAGAGAUCUGAGGCGCAGCAUCACCAUCUCCCUGCGGACAGUGCAGAGCUGGGUUCCUGGGCUGGGAGAUAACGCACUGCACGGAGAGCUGUACUUACUGUAUCGCCUGGGAUAAAGCCUCUACCUGCAAUACAGCCGGCCUGUACCUGCCUAGUGCCAAGGGGAUUCUACCAGGUAUAUUUGUUGCGCCCUCUUGUGGUUGUGCACGGUAUUGUCAUGCUGUGGAUCGUGGUACUUCUCUCCUUUGGCGCCCCCGCUGCUCUCCUCCCGUCCUCCGGCUCCCGGUGCCCGUUGCGCUGUGACCUAUCCUCCUGCCCGCCAGCGCCCACUAACUGCCCAUCUGGAGAGACCGCUGUGCGGUGCGGCUGCUGCACGGUGUGCGCGGCUGAUGAAGGGGAGCGGUGCGGGGAUGGACCCGCGGAGCAGAUGUGUGCCUCCGCGCUGCGCUGUGUGAAGAGUGCGGUCGUGGGUGCACCCCGGACGUGUCAGUGUCCAUCUCCCCAGCCUGUGUGUGGGAGCGACGGCAACACCUACAGCAGCCUGUGCAAGCUGCAGGCAGCCAACAAAGCUGUGCAGGGCCAGGGAUAUACAACUAUCAUCCCCAUCCAGAGGGGGGACUGCCUGCUAGGCCAGACGGACCCAGAUAGCCCCCGCUACAAGUACAACUUUAUUGCCGAUGUGGUGGAGAAGAUUGCCCCCGCUGUUGUGCAUAUCGAGAUGUUUCGCAUGCUGAAUUUCUUUGGGAAACGAGAAGUGCCGUCAGCCAGCGGCUCUGGCUUCAUUGUGUCAGAAGACGGGCUGAUACUUACAAGUGCCCAUGUGGUGACCAACAAGCACAGAUUAAAAGUGGAGCGCAGUGAUGGGACCACCUAUGAUGCCAAAAUUAUAGAUGUGGAUGAGAAAGCAGAUAUUGCCUUAAUUAAAAUCAAGCCAAAGGGAAAGUUGCCUGUGCUUCUCUUGGGCCGAUCUGAAGACCUUCGUCCUGGAGAGUUUGUCAUUGCUAUAGGAAGUCCCUUCUCCCUUCAGAAUACAGUUACGACCGGUAUUGUGAGCACUGCACAGCGUGGUGGCAAGGAACUGGGGCUGAAAAAUUCUGAUAUGGACUACAUCCAGACAGAUGCCAUCAUUAAUUACGGGAACUCAGGAGGCCCACUUGUGAAUUUGGACGGUGAGGUGAUUGGAAUAAACACACUGAAAGUUACCGCUGGCAUCUCCUUUGCUAUUCCAUCAGAUAAAGUCCGCAAGUUCCUUGCAGAGUCACACAGCAGGCAGUCCGCAGGUCAGGCAAUUAAGAAGAAGAGGUACUUGGGAAUUAGGAUGCUGUCACUUACUCCAGGCAAAGUGAAGGAACUCAGAGAGCAGCUGAAGGAUUUCCCUGAUGUGAACUCCGGAGCUUACAUAGUAGAAGUUAUUCCAGAUACACCGGCAGAAGAGGCCGGACUGAAGGAAAGUGAUGUGAUCAUCAGUAUUGGGAGUCAGACGGUAACAUCUAGCAAUGAUGUCAGUGAAGCUAUUAAACAGGAAGGAUCUUUGCGUAUGGUGGUACGUCGUGGGAAUGAGGAUAUCGCCAUCACAGUGACGCCAAAAGAAAUAGAUUUUUAAACGGGAGAAAUGAGCUGGUUUCAUAGGUCUUCCAAUAUACAGAUCCACAAGAUGACACUGUCAGUGAGAGGACAUUGUGUUUAAGCACUGUGUAUUAGUGACCCCCACCCAUGAGACCCCCUUUAGCUUUUGAAUACUGAACCUUCUGUUUCUGCACCUGCAACACCAGUAUGUGCCCUUCCCCCAAAUAUCGUGUUGGUUCCUGUGUCUUUACUGGUGGAGCAGUAGAAGGAAUGCUAAAAUAAAGAUCUGACGUUCCAACGUGGUGAUCUAGGCGAUAUAUUUACAUUUAUUGUCAGAUGUUUUGCAUUGUUUUGUAAUCUGUAUGUCAUUUGUAUUUAAUUUACUUUUCAACUCGUUUUGUUUAGAAAAAGAGUCAAGUUCAAAAUCACUCGCAUACACUUUCAGAUUCAGAUUUUACCACAUGACAAAAACCCACAUCAAGUGACCAAUUAAUGGACCAGUAAUCAGUUAUAAUUAACUAUUGCUGCCGGUAUUGUACACUGGUCCAUUGGGCUAACUAAAAGAUUAUUAUUGCCAGCUUGCAAAAUGCCCUAGGCAGGUGUAUCUGUGCAUACCACAUACCUCCCAACAUUCAGAUAUGCAAAAAUGGGACAAAAGAAGCCCCACCCUGAUCCACACAAACUCCAACAUGAUUCUCCCGUUCCUGCCUAUAUGUCCAUAAAGGAGGGCCCACUUAGGUUCCAAACCCACUGCUUUUAAGGUUUAUCAGAUUGUCCUAUCAAAGUUGAACAAACGGUAGAUUUGGGCUUGACGCAUUUUGUGGCCUGUACUAGUAUCUGUGAAAGUUCAGCCUAUACAUUUGCUAAGAAUUUUUGAGUGAAUUAAUAGGUUUCAUUCCCAUUCAUGCUGGUUCAGCCCAUAAAAUAUCUGCUUACACUGUAUGUUGAAUUUGUGUUUUUGGAUCCCUAGAUCUGAAAGGUCACCCGGAGUGGCUAUUGUUUCUUUCUUGUACUAAAGGUGAAUUUACAUACUAAA